AUGAUAUCCGAACCAGUUCUUCUAUUACCUACAAAAUGCAUAGUAGAUGAAAGAUUGCGACUAAGAGAAACUCCUAAGCUUCAUCAGGAAUGCUGCAUAGAUCCUGACCCAAUGCAUACCGAAGCCGUUUUGAAAGUGAAGAUGACCGGAGUGACGUUCAACAAAGAUUUUGAGCUUUUUAAACUCAAAAACUUCCCAGGGAGACCAGUAGUACCCGGAAACAAGACUGUAGGAAGAUUACACCAAGUGCUGCCUCAAGCCAACCUACAACCUGGUAAGUAUCUAAUUUUCCCAUACAGUAAUUGCUUACUUCAGCAGUCUUCACAGAUAUGUGAAAAUUGUCAGUAUUUGAAAGACACCAAGACCUAUCCUUUGUCAUACAAGACGAUACAGUAUCACAAGGAGUACCAAUGCUUGUAUAGUUGGGAGUAUGGGUUGACGCUUGACGGUGGGAUGCAAGAUUAUGUCAAGGUCAAGAGUCCUGAACAGUCUUUGAUAAAAGUGCCCUAUACGAUUAGUUUGCACGAUUGUUGCUUCAUCUUGGAUUUAGCAUUGCCACUUUAUUCGUUUUUAAAGGACAUUAACACAAGCAUAUUUGAAGAGAGUGUAGAAGAUCUGAAUGACAGUGAAAAAAUCCUUAUUAUCCUCAACGACUGUACUAAAGAAGCUAAUGACAUUCUCAUCGUCUUGAAACACUUCAACAUAUCGCAAAAGCAUGUUAAGAUAUUGGAUUCUCUGCUCUUGGAGUCUCUCAAGCAUGCAGACAAGGCACGGCAAUAUGAGAGUAAGUUCAAAUACUCUUUCCUUUUUAACACGCUGAAGGAUCUGGUUGAACUUGGAACUCUCGCUGUUUCUACUGGCUUAGAGGCUACUAAAUCUCGUUACCACAUGGUAUUAUUUGAUCAGUAUAGCCCAAAAUCCUUGUUACACAAUAAGAAUUUAGAUAAGCAAAAUCCGGACAUAACAGUCACCCAUUUCAAGCUUUCUUAUAAGGACAGGUUGAACUGUGUUGAAUUAAUCAAUAUAAUAUCUCAACUUAACUUGGUGACAAGGGCAAACAGUAACAACACCCACAACAAGAAUAAUAGCACAGAUGAGGAUAGUAAUAUCAUUGAUGACUCUCCUCUUCAAGGAGGACCGAGACCCUCAGUCACAUCUAUCGACACUUCUACAUCCUCACUUUCUGCAUCUUCAAUUCACCUGAACUCAACUUCCAAUACCUCACUUUCAAAGGGAGGAAGCAUGCGCAAAACCUUAAGAUUUAGGGACGAUGAAUCAAUAAUAGCCCCUCCCACACAACGCACAAGGUCUUUUAAAAAUUACUCUUGGCUUUGGUAUGAGAGAGAUUUCAACUUAUGCAACGAGCAUGAGCACGAUCAGUCUGAGGAUGAUAUGGAAGAGCGACCUAGCAAAUGCCAUUCGGUCAGACAAAUAAACAGAUUAAUCAGGACAGAGAACAAUAACUCGAGAGUGUGCUACACAAAGAAGAUCAAAAGCUCAAAUAUAAAUGCAUUAUUAUUUAAGUAA